UGGCUACUUCACCUCAACCCCGCGGGCCAAACACAUCUCACUCAUAUCUCAGUUAAUUCAGGGCUACAUAUAUAUCUCAUGGAAACUCAGUUACUCUCCGCCGGCGUUCGGUUCUCAACUCUUCCUCCCAGCUAUGUCCGCCCCGAGCCCGACAGGCCCAAACUCUUCCAAGUUGCAGACUACCACAAUGCCCCAAUCAUCGAUUUGGGCUGUGCUGACAGAACAUUCAUAGUCCAACAAAUAGCACAAGCUUGUCAGAAUUAUGGGUUUUUUCAGGUUACAAAUCAUGGUGUGUUGAACGAAGUAGCAGAGAAGAUGUUGGAGGUGGCGGAUGAAUUCUUCCAUUUGCCGGUGGAAGAGAAGAUGAAAUUGUACUCAAAUGAUCCCUCCAAGACCACGAGGUUGAGUACAAGUUCUAACCCACCAAAGGAGACAAUUCACAAUUGGAGAGAUUAUCUUAGGAUUCACUGUCACCCUUUGGACAAAUAUGCUGAGGAAUGGCCGACCAAUCCCCCAUCUUUCAGGGAAAUCGUGGGCAACUAUUGCGUGGAAAUCCGACAACUUGGGCUGAGAUUGCAAGAACUUAUAUCAGAGAGUUUGGGGCUGCACAAAGACUACAUCAACAAGACUUUAGGCGAACAGGGCCAGCAUAUGGCCAUUAAUUACUACCCGCCCUGCCCUGAGCCCGAACUCACAUACGGCCUUCCAGCCCACACUGACCCCAAUACCCUUACAAUUCUCCUCCAGGACACCAAAGUGGCGGGCCUUCAAUUGCUCAAGGAUGACAAAUGGUUGGCCGUUAAACCCAUCCCUAAUGCAUUUGUCGUUAAUCUUGGUGAUCAAUUGCAGGCACUGAGCAACACAAAGUACAAAAGCAGUUGGCAUCGAGCGGUAGUGAACACUCACCAUCCAAGAGUUUCAGUAGCUUCCUUCUUGUGCCCGUCCGACACUGCUGUAAUAAAAGCUCCAAAGGAACUCAUUGGAGAUGAAUCACAGGCCAUUUAUAGGGACUACACGUACGCAGAGUAUUACGACAAGUUUUGGAGCAGAAACCUAGACCAAGGACACUGUUUGGAACUUUUCAAGAAUACUGAAAGAGGGUUGAGCUCUCUCUAAGAUAUUGUUCAUCUCUGAGUUGGCGAAUCAAUGUUUAGGAGAAUAAUUAAGGGCAAAAAUGCGAUCAAGCCCCUUUGUGAUAUUGCAAUUAAACAAAUUAUCUCCUGUAAAAAAAUAAUAGUAAUUUAUCUUUUUAUAUUUUUUAAAAUGAAGCAAUUUACCUCCUGUAUUUUUCUGAGAAGGUAAAUUGCUUCAUUUUGAAAAACAUAGUGAGGUAAAUUGUUAUUUUUUUUUAUAGAAGAUAAUUUGCUCAUUCGCGAUAUCACAUGAAGGUAAAUUGCAUUCAAUUACGAUUUCAUGUUAAUAAAACUCUUAUCAGGAUUUGUGAAUAAAUCCUUAAGAUCCACACAACAAGAUUGCAAGGAUUAGGGAUGAAAUAUGUAUUAGCCAAUAUUAAUGCUCCAAUUUAUUAUGUGAAAAAGUGUCAAUUAUAAUGGACGUUGUAAUCCUGUUUUUAUAAUGUAAUGGUAAUCACGUCGCACUUGGAACAUCA